UAAGGCGGGAGGCAUCCAUCACCCGCCCCAUCUACCCCCAAGCUUCCACUACCAAGAUCCAAGAGUUACUGCGACCGGCCGGUUUCCUUCGUUUGAAGCGUGAGAGUCGGAGAAAAAAUGGGUUCCCUCAUGUCGGGCUGGGACUCACCUUUUCUGGACCCAGAUACAGUUAGAUUGGAAAGGAAUAAAUCGCUAACAAAAGAAGAGAUCGAGAUCUUCUGGAAGUUGCACAAGAAAGCCGAAGAAGAGGAAGGGGAAAACUUCCAAAAUGCCUCCCGUUCCCCGAAACAGUCGUCUCAGGAAAUGGAUGCGAUCAGGCUGAAGAAUUUUGCCUUACGGCAUCAGAUCGGGAAGAGGACAAGUGAUAACACUAAUGAAUUGGACGCCAAACCAGACAAGAGUGGUGACUGGUGGACCAGGAGCAAUUGGGCUUUUCUCAACGAGCCUCCGCUUGACGAGAUGGACGACUCGGCUCACAAGUACACCGCACAGUUCCAUGUUGCGACACUCGCCACCAAAGGAGCAUGACCCCAAUUCUAUGGUGCUGGUUGGCUCUCUGCGUCGCCGUUGCACCGAUCAGCAUCUAUUUAUGAGGCAUGUCAUAUAUAUCCAAGACCAGCGUGUGUAAAUCUGUAUGUACAUGUACCCAUGUUUGAUGUAGUCUAUUAAUUUUUAGGAGUUGCUGUAAUCUAUUAAGACCAGCACUGUUACGUUGGUUCCAAGGGAAUGAGAUAAGCUGUUUUUUUUUUCUCAUUCUUCAUCAGUUGAAGAACGAAGGGAACAAAUUUAUGUAUGUAUAUGCAUGCAAGAAUAAAUAUUGUCCGGAAGGUCAUCCUAACAAGAGAAUGAAAAGGAGGGGGAAGAACGGUAUUCUUCACCUGGGAGCCCCCGCUCCUGAGUUUUCUUAA